GCCCACGAAAAUGGUCUAAGUAGGGUUUAACACUGAAUACCUGGUAACUGGCUUUAGAAGUCGUCGUCGUUGAUCAAUUAAAGUUCUAGAAACACUACAACUCAUAGAAAAGGUGAUCGACUGUGACAUACUGAUACCGUGAAGAAACCAUCAACAAUCAAUCAUCAACUAUGGCGAUGAGAUCCGUAGCAAGAAUGGCUUCUUCUUCAUCACUUCGUCGUGUAGUGGAGGGAGUUUCUCCGAGGGCUUCUUUCUUCGCUUGCUAUUCAUCUGAUGGAAGAGGAGGCCGUGUUCUCAGCGAAGAAGAGCGCGCUAAAGAGACCGUUUACAUACAGAAAAUGGAGAAGGAGAGGUUGGAAAAACUAAAGCAGAAGGCUGACAAGGAGAAGGCUCAGAAAGAAAAAGAAGCUUCUGAGAAGAAAGCCGAUGGAGAAACUCACUAAGCUACUCCAGAUUCAGAGUGUUGCAGUUCCUUUGCUGGCUUCCUACUAAAUAAAUGUACAUUGUACUGAAGUGAAUCAGUGUGUCUCUUAUAUAUACUUUUGUUUAGGAACUGAUUCCUGGCUGUAGCAGCUGUUCCAAAUCUGAUGUUUUGGUAUAUGGUCUUGUCGGAUACAGUCUAACAACUACCAUUGUUGUAUGAAUUUGUUGAACUAACUGUUUUGAGAAAGUUGUUUAUUUUAUCCCUCUCUAAUACAA